AUGUCUGAAGUUGGAUUCAGUAAUCUGACUUGGGAUCAAGUUAUAAUACUGGAUCAAGUGUUAGAUGAAGUAAUUCCAAUUCAUGGAAGGGGACAUUUCCCCACAAUGGAGGUAAAACUAAAACAUAUCAUAAAUGUUGUCAAAAAUCAACUGAUAAAGCAAAGAAUUAUUGUUAAAGAUACCAGAUUAAAUGGUUCCAUUGCAAGUUACAUACUUGCAAGCCACAGUGGAAUCGUCUAUAAGGAUCUGGAUGUUAUUUUUCGUGUUGAUCUACCAACUGAUCAAGGAUUUCAUAUUGUUAAGGAUGUAGUUUUAGGUUGUCUACUUGAUUUUUUACCAAAAGGUGUGAAAAAAGAAAAGAUUACCCUAAAUAUCAUGAAGGAGGCAUAUGUGCAGAAGAUGGUCAAAGUUUGCAAUAAGCACGAUCAGUGGAGUCUCAUCUCUCUUUCAAACAACACUGGGAAGAAUGUAGAGCUAAAAUUUGUGAAUUCACUCAAACGGCAGUUUGAAUUUAGUGUAGAUUCUUUUCAAAUUCAUUUGGAUGACAUGUUAGAAUUCUAUGACAAAAAUGCUAAGUUAACCCAAGAGUCAUAUCCUGUUGUAGUAGCUGAAAGCCUAUAUGGAAACUUUCAAGAAGCAAUGAUGCAUUUGCAAUGCAAGCUUAUAUCUACCAGAAAACCUGAGGAGAUUAGAGGUGGUGGCCUUCUGAAGUACAGCAACUUGCUGGUUCGAGAUUUUAAGCCUGUUUGUGAAGCAGAAAUCAAGACCCUUGAACGUUACAUGUGCUCUAGAUUUUUCAUUGAUUUUCCUGAUGUAGUAGACCAGCAAAGGAAGAUUGAAUCAUACCUCCGCAACCAUUUCACGGGUGAAGAAAAAAGCAAGUAUGACUACCUUAUGAUUUUGCGUGGAGUUGUAGAUGAAAGCACCGUUUGCCUCAUGCGUCAUGAAAGAAGACAGACAAUCAAUAUGAUUACCUAUAUGGCUUUAAAAGUACUAGGAGAACACAACAUUCUACCCAAUACAAAUAAUGUAACUUGCUUUUAUCAACCUGCUCCAUACUUUGUUCCUAAGAGAAGGUAUCCUAAUUUUUAUGCAGUAUCUGGAAAACCAGCACCUAUUUUAUUUCGGCCAUUCCUACCAGGGUACCGGUACCCUAAUGUGCCAAAUGGUAUGGUCUAA